ACAUGGAGGAGAACAAAGGCCUGUCCUGUUGUUGUCUUCAGUAGCAUCUCAGGAUAAAUAGUGUUUUAUAGUAUGUUUUGGGUGGAGGAGAGGGUGUCACAAACCGCCCCACUUACCCCCUCCUCCUCCUCUUCCUUUCUCAUCACGUACUCUUGUGGAUUUCACUUUCCAUUUCUCACACACCCCUCCUCUCUGAUCCACCCUGACAUCCAGGAGCCUCCUCCUCCUCCUCCAUCCAUCGUUCCCAACACACUGCGCUGGAACACGGUGCUACAACAACCUUCCACGGCGAUCUCAGGCUAUAAUAACGGGUUUUUCUUUUACGGAAUUGAGACGUGCAUUGCAUGUUUAUAUUCACCUUCUUGGCUUCGGCAAAGAUGCGUGAUCUUGACUGUUUUUAAGAAAAAUACGUUACCACGAUGCAAAACCUACGGAUGCCCCGGUUGUGUUAAGACGAGACGAGAAUAAAAAGGUCAGUAUGAUUUUCUUUCACCUACUUUUCCUGACUCGAAAACUAACCAUUGUGCAUAAGUGUUGCAUUUCAGUCAUUUAAUGUUAAAAACACACUGAAGACGAUGCGGCUGCGUACAUCCACUGAAUUACAAUCCCCAGCAGCAGCAGCAGGCUAAUUAAUUCUCCUCUUUCAGCCGUCUGUGCGAGUGUUUUCCUUUGUCAUCAUCCCUUUCUCUGCCCCGUCCCUUUUGAUUUUUUUGCUCGCUGCCAUAUGUCGGUUAGGGCUUGUGUACACAUGAUGAAAUAAUGUAGUAUGUACACACCUGUACGGGGACCGUCGCUUCAAAGUACCCUGUGUCCAUCUGCCAUGCCUUUGUACUCCUCGUGUCAUUGUGACCUGCUUUUUGUUCUUACCUUUCUAUAGCUUGUCGGCUGAUUUAAUUUUAGCUGUGGGCACAAUGAAGGCCUGAUUUACAGUGGAAAAUGUGUGUAUUUAAUGUGUUUACUCUAAGCCAUUGUAAUUACUGUUCUAACAGGACAUAAGCAGUGUUUUGAAAAGAUAAAUCUGAAAAGCAGUCAAAGUGGAUUUUUAAAAGGCAUAUUACAAAAUUGAACUUGGAUCAAAACUCCAUACCUGCUAAAGAGGAAUAUUGUUGAUUAUCAGUAAGAACAAGGUGAUGAAAGAAAGCAUGACCCUCCAUUUUCCUUGGACCUCACCUUAACUUGGAAUAACAAAUGCAACACCCUCCCCCAUACCUAUCUGAAUAUAACACGCCUCACCUUGGCUUGUGUAAAAUUCUCUAUGGAAAAAACCUGAAGUCCCUCCAAUUCAGCAUUUUCAACACUAAAGAAGAGAUAGUUGAAAUGCACUCUAAAAUCUUUCACAUCAGAGAUUCUUAUUAGUGGCACAACACUUUCUGACUUCUUACAGAUUGUUUUACACACGGUAACUCUAAUAUUGUAAAAUGUUAGUCACCCUUUCAAUGUUUCACAGAUAGCAGAAGCAAACGUUUCUUUCAUGUAAAUCAUCCCAGAUACUCAGUGUAUUCAGAAUGUCUCUAAUUUUACCCAAGGCUAUGGUGUGUUUCAUGUUUUGGUUCUCCAAAGAGACGAACAAUAUGUCAGAGUGAGAAAGACGGUGAACACACUUUGUAUGCUAGCUAGUGUUAUUCACCACUUUUUAUCACAUUGAUAGUGCGUGACCUUAAAAUUAAUUAACUCUCAAAAUCCAACAUACUUUCCUGGUCACGAGGAGAAGGGUUUGUAUUGGUUUGUUUUCAAGGCCCCAUAGCUGUAAAAUUACUUAGCGUACCUAAAAAAAAAAAAAAAGUUUGGAUCAGCAGUGAAAUUCUGCUGUACUUUUAAAGUUUUAUAAAUGCAUAAAAGCUUCAGAUGAAGAUAGUAGCUACUUCUUUGACUCUGAAGACAGAAUAAAUUGUCUGUUUCUGUAUAAUUUCAUCUUAAAUUAACCUAACCUAUUUACAUUUGAUUUGAAAAUGAUCCCCUGAUACAUUGUCCACAUGAAAAAAAUCAUCUUUCAUUCUAUAUGGCAAACAUGGAAAUUUGAUUUUUAAUAACAUUUUUAACCUUAAUGAAAAUUGAGUGUUGUCUGGGGCACAUUUUGGCUUGGUGGUUGGGUUGAUGCCCUGUUUACAGAGGCAAUAGUCCAUGCAGUGGGCGGCACUGGUUUUGUUCCAACCUGCUGCCCUUUUCUAGCAUGUCAGUCCCCACAGUUUUCCUAGUUUUUCACUGCAUCCACCGCCCUACCCUCUGAUAAAAAGCAGAGUUUGAAAAAUAUACCAAAUAAUGCAUCUAAAAUCUUACUUUGGAGUGGAAAUAAAUAACCUCCAAAACUCAAGGAUACUUACCUUAUUCAAAACUAAGAUAGAAAAUUCUAUCUUUUCUCACCCUCCUUCUCCAUCUCAAUAAUUCAGAUACAGUGCCUUAGCAGUUUAGAAAGAGCAGCUUCUCUGUGAGGAUGGUUAAAACCUUUUUUUCUGGUCUCCAGGUGUGACUACAGGCUGCUCACACAGAACAGGACCACAAACAGAGGCUUGAUUUUGCUGUCGGUAUGGCUGUGAACAUGAUGCCAGGUCCCGCCAUUUGGCCCGGAGAGGACCAGCCUUCUCUACUCGACCAAGAGCCCUCUCUUUCGAGCCAAGCCCCUGCCUCUGUGCAAUGCCAACCAGUCAGAGGUGAACAGCUCAUCGACAGUAGCCCAGCCAGCACAAAACCCCUCCGCAGCAAAUCCAAAGGAGAGCUCGUCAUAGUGAUCAACGAGAAGCUGAAGAACAGUAAGUAACUGAGAUUGACCUUGUGUCCAAGCAGCAGGUUGAGUGGAGGGCGGGCUGGUUGUGGUGGGGGUCAUACAUCUGCUAAGUCAGCUCACUUGGGGAGAGUGAAACAGUAGAGCGUAACGUAGCUCCUGGGAGAGAAAAUACUCAUUUAGCUGUUUCUAAUGUUUGCCCGUCCUUUUUGUCCCUCAUGUGUAGGUAAUGGGAUCCACCAACCAUCUGCAGAGAGCACCUCUCCGGUCAUCUCCUCCCCUCCCAGAAGACAGCACUCCAUCUCUUACCCCCACCACGGCAAGACCAGAAAGGGGAGUAGGGCAAGCUCCAUUGGUUAUACUGCCUUCUCGCCCAGGCCAUCGCUUUCCCGCCACUCCAGCAUUGCCACCAACCCACCUCUGGACCGCACCAAAGUCAAAGACUACCUCCUCCUGUCCGUGCUGGCCUGCUUUUGUCCUGUAUGGCCUAUCAACAUAGUGGGAUUUGUCUACUCAAUCAUGGUAAGUACAGAACCACUGUCUGUUUUAUAGAGCCAAAUAGUUCUGGGAUUGAGUGAUUAAAACUGAUCAGGGCAACCUUUGAAUCGCUGCUAUGUGGAUACCAAAAUGAACAUUACACCCUGAAGCUCCUCUAUUUAAAAGCAACUACUCUAAGUACUGCUGUAGAGAGGACCAGUGUAUGAUUGGCUUUGAGACUCUUCAUUUGCUGCUGACUGUGUUGAGAGUAUUAUAAACUAAUGUAUCAGACUAUCCCCUUUUUCACAAGCUAUGUCAUUUACCAGUUUCGUAAUCACCUUUAGUUGGUUUUCUGCUAAAUUUGAUGUGUGAAAAAAUGUCAUAUUGUAGGAUUCUGAAAGUAUGUAUUUGACAGAAACUGAAAACUUAUGGAGGAAUCAGUCAUUUAAUAGUUUUGAGAGAUUUGCACCAGGAUGUUUAUGCACAUGUGCUCAGGAGGGUGUUGUCUUAAGGUAACACGUUAAUAGAAUAUAUUAUGCAUGAUUAUCAUUGUCAACCAACUGCGGUGAGGAUACCUCCAAGGCUCGGCUGUGAUUCUGCCAGCUCUCCUAUAAAAACCAUAGCAUAGUAUCACUUUAAAGGCACUGAUAGUAAUUUUUUUUAUUGUGUCUUUGUACUAAAUCUAGGUGUCUUUGUUCAGGUUGGAUUUUCAGCAAAGAAAGAAAAGUCCAUAUUCAGUACUCACCUAGAAGUUUCAGUGUAGGUAACUUGGCAAGCGAGAGGCUUUUCUGUUCUUCAUUGAUUUUCUUUCUACAGUACGUCGUGUAUUCUUGACUGAUACUGAAGCAGGGUUAGCCCAAAGGCACACAUUUCCAAUCAGAGUUCAGUUUUUCAGGGCUUUGAUAGGUGAAAGAGUAAAAAAGACGUGAACAGGAUUUAAUUUCUAUGCUGAUGUGUGAAUGCUUCGCUGCUCUUUGAAGACAAAUGGUCAAACAGUGUGUGUACUUGCAGGGACUAAUGGGACAUAAAGGCGCAUAUCAUUCACACGGCAAUGUCUGGUCACUCUUUGUAGCUGAAUAACUUUAACAAAUCAGAGUUCAAAAGUCUUGUUCAAUGGAUAAGUUAUCUUGAACAAUGAAAAGUAGAAUUGAACAGAACAUCAGAACUUCAUGCAUUUGUCUCUUUACAACAGCACAUGGGAAGUGUGAUUGAUUUUAUCCAAAAUGGUAACAGGACAUGAAAAUACUGCAGUGCCUAUAAAUCAACUCAAGACAUGUUUUCUAGAGAAUAUGUUCUUUGAAAUGGUUUCAUAUUGAUGCAUAUUUUAAAACGUUUAUACCAAUGUCAGUAUCUAUCAUCGGCUUAUAUUAGCCAGGUAAUAUCAGCUGAUGAGCCGACCCAUAUAUCAGAAGCCAGGAUGUAUAAUUCGAUGUUUUGGUGAAUUUAUUAAAAAAAAAAAAAGGUAUCCAUGUUAAUGGUUCAAUCUUCUACUUUAGUCCAAGAACAGUCUGGAGCAGGGGAACCUUGAUGGGGCCGUGCGUCUCGGACGUGUGGCCAAGAUGCUCUCCAUGGUGUCACUAGUAGGAGGAACCGUCAUUAUCAUCGCCUGCAUUGUCAACCUGGCCAGUGAGUGUCCCAAAUCUGACCUUUAAACUUACACCUCUCCUCUUUACACUCUGUGUUGUUGUGCACAGCUGAUCUGUCCUCCUGAACUCUCCUUGUUCUCCUGAAUCUUGAUCCAGAUGUCCCAAAAACCUACUACUGUCUCCGUUAAUAUUAUCCCAACAUGACAUGUAGCUGUGUAAGCACAGUCUGACUGUAACCACUGAUAUUGUUAACUACCAUAUUUGCACAAUUUUCCACUAGUUCCAAAGCCUGCACGAGUCUUUUUACACUGCAGCACUUUAUCCUUCAGGAACUAUGUUAACGCUGCACAAAGAUCAGAACACAUUAAUCACAUUUGCACCAGUCAAAUCUACAUUUUCUGACGUUUCUCCAUUUGCACGGGCGGCCUCAAGCUGUAACCGACUGCAUGACCCAGACUGCUGUGUGUGUAUCCGCAGAGUGAAAUGUGUGUAGUCUUUGUCUGUUGUACGCCUUGCUCUGUUUGCUUGUAUAAAAUGUUAAGUCAUUGUUGUUCCUGUAUGAUAUGUACUCUUAUAUAAUGUGAAUGUUAGUGUGUGAGUUGACCUGUUUACUAAUGUACAUUUAUUGUACCUGGUAAAUAAAUGAAUUCUCAUAACAGAACUUUUAAAGAGAGGGAACAGUAUUUGUCUUUUGGAUUACUUCAGUUCGUUCAAACACAUAAACCAAGGGUCAGUCAGUUAAAUGAUAUUUUUCCUUGUCACUUAAAGCAGUUUUUUGUAACAGUCUGUUGGGCCUCAUUAAGUCAAGAGAUGGACUAAUUACCUUAAUGACUAGAAUAGAGAUUUAACAGACAUUAAAAUUGAAUUAAAGGACUCUUGGACUCAACAAUCCUUGUUGUUUAUGUUGAAUAGCUGUCCUCUGUGAAGUUUUAUGCAUCCAUAUUAAGUUGCAGAAUGUAAAGCUUGUCAUCUAAUACGCUUCCUUCUCUUUUUUUAGUCAAUGUGAAAACCUGAGUUUCAUCCCAGGAUGAAACUGGAUAAGGCUGAAAACUGACUGUCCGGCCCACACCUGCACCACCGUCUUACCGCCUAGUCAUUACCUGGAUGUGUGACAAAUAUGCACCCGAUAUACAGUGCUUACUUAUAUUUCUGUAAUCUAUAUAAAUCCCUUUUGCUAACUGGAGGAAAAUAAAAUAUUCAAAUGCUGCUGCACAGAGUCUGAUGGGGGUGGGGACGGGGAGGGAGUUGUCAGUCUGGUGUUAGAUGGAGAGGGAAGAAGACAGUCUAAUAUGUCCCUUUAUAUUCUGGUCAACACAUUCAGAACAAGUCUCAAGAAAGAUGCAAAAACUCAGAGAAUCCUUUCAUCAUCCCCAGAUGAGACUCAGACAGAGGUGGACUAGAACACAAAGAGACCGAUGGAGGUGGUUACAGAACAGGCAGGAUGGCCUCCCAGCCACAGCUCCACAUUAAGUUCCGACAAAAUGUCCGCCACGACAGGACCCAUCAGGGCCUCAUCUUGCAGCGAAAUCCCCUUGGAUUUGUGGAGAGGCUCUGGAAAUGUGGGGUCGCAUUGGAAUCACAGAGCAGAAAUUCAUCCCACACACAGAAGAAACACUUUGAAUCACUGUUCGUCCUCUUGUUUCAGACUCUUUCCUGAUUCCCAUGACAUCUUGUGCUUGAGAAGGAGCGUUCGGGUGGCAAAAGAGCAUGAAAAAGAGGCUUACCAAGGACUAGCUAUGGGUGCUAAAACAGAAGGGAUUAUGGAAAGUCUCUCACACACGGCACAGUUAUCACUGCGAGGAAAAACCUGUGCCAAAAAGGAAUUUAGAGGGAAAUGUUCUUGCUUUGAAAAGACCCAACUCUGAUCACAGAAUCGUUGUUGCAGAUAGGAACAUCAGAAGUGUUUUUACUCUGCUGCACCUUUUCCUUUCAAUCUGCUCAACACCUAUGACCACUGUGAGAUGGGGAGGGGGGGUACAUGUGCACAUAAAAACCCACUGUAGCAAAGUACGUCAUACAUUUUACAUGGAAGCUAAUUAUGCUACAUCAUCUAUUUAACCUUUUGAUAACGUUUGUAAAAUGUUUUGAAAAGAUGACGUAAUGUGAAGCUUUGGAGGAGCUGCACUGCUGAGGACAGGUGGUGGUAGGAUUGUAUGCACAUGGGCAUCAAUAUUUGUUUAACAAAUGAAAUAGUUUGUUAUCGCAGUCAGAGUAGUGGCUGUGGCCUCAGAGUGUAGGUACCUUGUGCUAUUAAAGCACACUGGUUGUGAUUGUGGUGUACUAUUCCUUUAAACAUACAACGCUAUUACCACUCUUAAUAUGCCCAUUUGUUGCCAUACAGAAUAGGACACUAACUUUACAUGGUGAAUUUGUAAAACACUGGUUCAGGGUAACAUGCUUUUAUGGUGUGAAUCUGGUUUAUAACUAUUGUUAUAUUUCCUGUGUAUCCUUAACUAACCUCUAAUCUUUAUCUACCUGUUAUUCUCACUGUGACCUGAAACAUCAAAAACUGAACAAAUGAUAUUUAUUUGCUUUGUCUUUGAUUUUGAAUCAUGUACAGGAAUCCCACGACCUCAAAGUCUCGCCACACCUGCAGACAAUUUUUGUAAUGAUUAAUACAGCGUUUUUCUCCCUCUGUUAGUACUUACUAUGUAAAUUUGAUUAUAAUCAACAGUUGAUGUAUUCUGCAGAUAUAAAUCUUAUUCUUGUGAUAAUUCUCUAGUUGAUAUGAGUUAGCUUUAUUGAGUAGUUUUGAUCUAAAGUAGGCACGGUAACUGUCCUCCUGACAGUCAUUGUAUCACCACUGGGCUUCUAUUAUCUUUGUGGUUAACGGCAUGUUGUGGAUUUUUAUUCUUGUAAAAUGAGAGGAGUUAAAAAAAGACAAAGAUAAGCUGGCACUUGGAACAUUAUUCUUCUGCAGCACAUUCAUAAUAAAGUCACAAUGCAUGCAAA